AUGUUCGGGCUUGGAGGAAUGACUUGUGUAGCAGGUAUCCUGAGGUUGGUGACUUUAAUACAACUCACCCACAGCGAUGAUAUUUCAGAACAUAAUGGACCUACAACUGGUUGGUCCAGCAUUGAAAUGAACACGGCAUUG